AUGUUAGUAGCGAAGAGCGUGCAGGCAUGCGUUAUCCCUCCACCUCCUCCAAGGGUAAGCCGCUCUCCCUGUUGUCCCAUCACUAGGUUAGUAGCGAAGAGCGUGCAGGCAUGCAUUAUCCCUCCACCUCCUCCGAGGGUGAGCCGCUCUUCCUGUUGUCCCAUUACAAAGGUUAGUAGUGAAGAGCGUGCAGGCAGGCGUUAUCCCUCCACCUCAUCCGAGGUGAAGAGCGUGCAGGUAGGCGUUAUCCCUCCACCUCCUUCGAGGGUAAGCCGCUCUCCCUGUUGUCCCAUCACUAGGUUAGUAGCGAAGAGCGUGCAGGCAGGCAUUGUCCCUCCACCUCCUCCGAGGGUAAGCCGCUCUCCCUGUUGUCCCAUUACAAAGGUUAGUAGUGAAGAGCGUGCAGGUAGGCGUUAUCCUCCACCUCCUCCGAGGGUAAGCCGCUCUCCCUGUUGUCCCAUUACAAAGGUUAGUAGUGAAGAGCGUGCAGGUAGGCGUUAUCCUCCACCUCCUCCGAGGGUAAGCCGCUCUCCCUGUUGUCCCAUUACAAAGGUUAGUAGUGAAGAUCGUGCAGGUAGGCAUUGUCCCUCCACCUCCUCCGAGGGUAAGCCGCUCUCCCUGUUGUCCCAUUACAAAGUGAAGAUCGUGCAGGCAGGCAUUGUCCCUCCACCUCCUCCGAGGGUAAGCCGCUCUCCCUGUUGUCCCAUUACAAAGGUUAGUAGUGAAGAUCGUGCAGGUAGGCGUUAUCCUCCACCUCCUCCGAGGGUAAGCCGCUCUCCCUGUUGUCCCAUCACUAGGUUAGUAGCGAAGAGCGUGCAGGCAGGCAUUGUCCCUCCACCUCCUCCGAGGGUAAGCCGCUCUCCCUGUUGUCCCAUUACAAAGGUUAGUAGGGGAGAGCGUGCAGGUAGGCGUUAUCCUCCACCUCCUUCGAGGGUAAGCCGCUCUCCCUGUUGUCCCAUUACAAAGGUUAGUAGAGAAGAGCGUGCAGGUAGGCGUUAUCCUCCACCUCCUCCGAGGGUAAGCCGCUCUCCCUGUUGUCCCAUUACAAAGGUUAGUAGAGAAGAGCGUGCAGGCAGGCGUUAUCCUCCACCUCCUCCGAGGGUAAGCCGCUCUCCCUGUUGUCCCAUCACUAGGUUAGUAGCGAAGAGCGUGCAGGCAGGCAUUGUCCCUCCACCUCCUCCGAGGGUAAGCCGCUCUCCCUGUUGUCCCAUUACAAAGGUUAGUAGUGAAGAGCGUGCAGGUAGGCGUUAUCCUCCACCUCCUCCGAGGGUAAGCCGCUCUCCCUGUUGUCCCAUCACUAGGUUAGUAGCGAAGAGCGUGCAGGCAGGCGUUAUCCUCCACCUCCUCCGAGGGUAA